GAAUUUAAAGAGAAAUUUUAAAGGUUAUGUUUUGAUAAAUAAAUUCUUAAUUUCCUAUAAAAUUUUAUAAAACCACAUAUAAAUUAUGCAACACGUGGAAGGAUCUAGUAAUGAGAUUUGGCUUUCACAGCCUCCAAAAUACACAACUUUUAGAGUAAAUAAAUUAAAAAAGUUUGAUUUGAAAAAUUUAGUAAAUUUUUUGUCUGCACAAAGCAAGGAACUGAACUGUUCUCAAUUGCCCAAAUUUUACUUCCUGAGGCCUGAUUGUCUAGUGGUAGAACAGUGGCCUCCUUAUUUAAUUCCUGAUAAACUAAAAUGUGAACAUGAGGUAGUUGUGGAUGCUUUGUGCGCAGCUGCUGUGCUAAGAGGAGCACAUGUUUUUGCACCAGGAGUCAUGGGUCUAUCCCCUGAUUGCAAAGUAGGUGAAAAAGUCGAUAUUUAUGGAGAUUUGGAGGGUCACUGCAAGAGGGGUUUGAAGAUUAAGUACACUGGAAAGAAAGUGUAUGUGGGCACAGGCAUUUUAAAAAUGUCGCGCUAUGAAUUAUAUGACAACGGAAUUCAACCCCGUGGUAUUGCCGUCCACACAUUACUCCCAGCUUCAAGACUGCCUGUGGUGAAUGAAUCAAUAAGUCCAAAAGGAGAGAUUCUGUUGCAAAAUCUACCAUCAAUAGUUUGUGGAUGGGUUGUUGAUGCCGAGCCUAAUGAUUUUAUCUUAGAUAUGUGUGCAGCUCCAGGCAACAAAACUACACAUUUGGCGGAAAUGUCAAAUAACCAGGCAAAAAUUAUUGCAAUAGAUAAAACUAAACUAAAAACAGAUAAAAUUCGUAUAAAUUGUGAAUUACAAGCGAUAACUUGUGUUAAAAUUUAUUUCUACGACUCAACGAAAAUUUGUUCUAACACAAGAGGAUUAAAUGGUGAACCACCAUUCCAGCCUAAAACCUUUGACAAAGUACUUUUAGAUGCUCCCUGCAGCGGUUUGGGCCAAAGACCGCAGUUAAACAAUAAAAUGACGCCUAAAAUGCUUCAGUCUUACAAGUUUAUGCAAAGGAAACUUUUUGAAGCAGCUGCGAAAGUAUUAAAAGUUCACGGUAAGCUGGUUUACAGCACAUGUACAGUAACAGUGGAUGAAAAUGAAGCUUUAGUUGCAUGGGCUCUCAAAAAGUUUCCAUUUAUGAAGCUUAUACCUGCUGAGCCACUACUUGGUGGUCCCGGGUUGGCAAACUGCGGCCUUACCGAUGACCAAAGAUUACUGGUUCAAAGAUUCGGCCCAGAAGAUGACCCUCUUCGACAGGUUGAUGCUAUCUUUAAAGAUACUAUAGGAUUUUUCAUUGCAGCAUUUACUAAAAUACAAUAAAUAACAUUUUAUUUUCUA